AUGGGUAGUGGAACAAUUCAAGAUAGUAAUAUAAUUGCUUAUUCUGAACAAAGUGCCAGCACACCAGCCAGGAAUGGUCGCCUGAACUACACAUCAGAAUCAUCAUGGUGUGCAGGAACAAGUGACAAAGACCCAUAUCUACAGAUUGAUCUACAAACACUUCAUAUCAUCUGUGCUGUGUCAACUCAAGGGAAUUCUCAAUUCUCAAACAGAUCAGUGGUUGAAGAAUUUCACACUGCAAUUAUCUACAGAUGGGACAACUUGGACAGACUACAAGGAAGGUGGACAAAUCAAGGUAUAUAG